UGUGACGCCCAGUCAUCAACUUUAGAGUGUGUAGACAAAAAAUUGGCCCAAUCUUACCAUUGCUAGCUGUGGGUCACGUGAGCUGACAGCAAGGACCCAUCUAAGUUCUACAGUGCGCAUGCGCAGUCUGUAUAGCGCGAUUGAUGGUCCAUCGGCUUGUGUGUGUGUCUGAGCUCCCGGGAACCCGAUCAGCUGCACUUCUCUGUGUGCGUUAGUGCAGCUGCAAGUUUUACAGUACGAUCGCCGAGGUCGAGGGAUAUUAUUGAAGCUCGUCGUUAUAAAUAUGUCUACAAACAAAGUGAAGAAAGUGAAAAUGGCCACCAAAUCAUGCCCGGAGUGUGACCAACAGAUUCCUGUGGCUUGUAAAUCCUGUUCUUGUGGCUACGUCUUCAUAAGCCGAAAGCUUCUCAAUGCCAAAUUAAAUGAGAGGUCUCCAGUAAUGGACAAAUUGGAUGCAACGAGAAGACGAACAGAGAGAAUCAGAAAAGAGAAGAUAAACUUAACAUCAACCAGUGAUAUGGAAAAUAGGAGGCGACCCCGUUCCAGCAGUCAGUCAGAUCCGAUCCGCAGAGGAAGAGGCAGACCCAAAACUGUUGGGCUGAAGAAGCAGGAGGAAGAAAAAGAAAAACAGGAAAAGGAGGUUGAUAUUUAUGCCAACCUCUCCGAUGAGAAGGCUUUUGUGUUCUCGGUGGCUUUGGCUGAGAUUAACCGCAAAAUUCUGGGCCAGAGACUCAUCCUGUAGCAGGCGUUGGAAACAGUUGCAGCUAAAACUCAGGACUCUUACUACAUGGCUGUGUGGGUGUCCCAUAUGUCUGUGGAAAAGCGGGUGGGAAACUCCGACCCGGAAAGGCUUAAACCCCUGCCUGUGUGGCCGAAGCUCACUGGUGCUACCGUGAAUUGGUGGGAUUUCAGACGCCCGGUUUGUGUAUGAGGAGAAAUGACUGUUAUCCUUCACAUGAGUGAGAAGUGUAGUAAUCAUUAGUGGUGUAGAAUGGUAUCUAUUUUAAUGACAAUUUUAUGGAAUGUACUAAAUGUUUCUACCAAUCAUUUCUUAAAAUUUCAAGCUGUUUAUUGGGGGACAGUGGGUUCACCAAAGCAAUUUAUGUGCAAAUUAUGACUGGUGCCAUUAUUCAGACUUGUGUAAGUGGAUCUACUCCACUGUUUGUUUAUUUAGGUGCCAGUGAGCCAUAUUAUUUCAAAAUUAACCUUGUGGGAGCUGAGCCCAAGGAAAUGCCGGAUUAAUGGUUAUUUAUUAUGCCUCAACCACCUUAAUUUAAGUGUGUAUUUUAUUUUUCCCAUUUGGUAUUGUUUUACGAAUGGUAACAGCAUACAUGUGUAAAAUUCAUCCUGUAUAAAUAUAUUAAAUUCAAUUGCAUUUAAACUCGUAGUUUUAUUUUUAGGGGAAGUUAAUUGCAACCAUUCCUUCUCAUAUGUCAUCGGCCCUUUUUUUAAGAUGGAUUUGGAGCAAGAAAAAUGCCUAUGGCAACUCUCGUAGAGAGAGCUCAUAUUUCAGCUGUCUUCUGAAGCUCUACUCAAAACCGAACCAUUUUGUUUUAGUUCUUCACAGGCAAUAUUUCACCCUGAGCAAGGAACCAGACUCAAAUGUGAUGAAUAAAAUGCAUGAGGAUUGUUCUGAUUUUAAAUGAAAAUGUAAUAUUUGGUAUUUAUAUAACAUUAUCAUUUACAAAAAGCCCAGACCAUGUUGAACAUGUUGUAUUUAUUUAUUUCCACCUCAUUUUGGAUUGUGUUAGCUUCCCUAGGAGAGCAGCUGCCGCAGCCAGUCGUUUUUCCAAAGCUUCAUCACCAAGCAACAAGCUUACCUCAGAGAAACCAGUGUGCUGUAGUUUCCAAAGAGAUGACGGAUCACCGGCUCUAUAUUCCCUUUUAAAUUUGUCACUGACUUGCCCCCAGCAACCUUUGUGAUUCUUAAAAGGCAUAUUAAUGAAGCAUUUAUAAUGUAAAACAUGCCUACUUAAUAGUACACAGUAUGUCUUUUUAAUCAAUAUAUUCUACCUUCCUUUAGCCAUUAGUGUGCAGAACAGGUCAAAUAUUUUUAUGCUGCU